CAAAGCUCUCACGCGCCCCGACAAAUGGCAUCUACGGUGGUUCUCCUCCUCGUGGCCGCGCUGGCGUGCGUGCUCGGCGGCGCCGACGCGAAGCUCGGCAGGCUCGUCGUCAGCGGCGUCGUGCCGUGCAACACCGGCAGCCUCAUAGACAUCGCCACCUCCCCCGUGUUCCCGAACGCGGAGGUGGAGCUGCGGUGCGCGGGGCAGGUGGUGGCCGGCGCGACGACCAACACCAACGGCUCCUUCACGAUGGAGGCGGACCUGACAAGCGCGCUGGCGGCGUUCAUCGGCCGGUGCUCGCUGGUGGUGGACACGCCGCUCAUCAAGUGCGACGCGCAGCUGCCGCCGGCGGGGAAGCUGGUCUCCUACCUGCAGGGCCCGCUCACCAGGCUGCUCGGCGGCAUCUUCCACCUCUUCCCCGCGGGCUUCUCCUUCCACAGCCGAUGAAAUUAGUAGUUCACUGUGUCGUCGUCCAACCAUCUCAGCAUACUGAGAUCUGGCUAAUUACCUCUUCUAUCUUUAGUUUGGUUUGAAAUGAAAUGCAAGGCAAGUUACAGGAGCUGCAAACGCUUGACGUAAGUGUUGUUGUUGUAGGUUGGCUAAGUUGAGCAACUGGAUAGAUAAUCGUAGUACUCCCUCCGUCCUUUAAAGAGUAUACUUUCAACUUU